CUGGGAAAUGUCAGGCCUACAGGAAACUGAGGGCUCCCACUCCCGCCAUCCCGCAGGUGGGCGGGGAGCGGAGAGAGCAGGGUGAGUGAGGGAACAGAGAGAGGCUCAGUGUGCAAGUGAGGGGGGUUUGUGUACACAGGAGAGUUGAAGGUGUGAGCAGGAGACAGUUGGUGAGCAGGGCAAGGGGUUUAUAUGCACAGGGAAGAAGACUGGGUGCCGAGAUGUGAGUGUUUGUGCACAGUGGAGGAGCCCCAUGUGCAAGGGAAAUGUUUGCUGGGAAGAAUGUGUGUUCAAAGGAGAGAUGUUGAGCCUGCCAGGGGUAAAAAUAAGAAGGAAGUUUGGCAAGAUGCUCGUGCAGAUGAGAAGUGUGAAGUUUGUAAGGGAGUGAUGUUUGUAAGGACAGUGGGGAGAACAGAAAAGUCUGCCGCGUACAAGGCACUUUGAGGCAAUGUGGCUGAAGGUGGGGGGCCUACUGCGGGGGACCUGUGGACAGCAGGGCCAGAUUGUCGGUCUGCCUUGUGGGACCCUGGGGCCUGGGGCCCACUGGUGGGGGCCGUUUGGGGGUUCUUGGGCCCAAAAGUUUCAUGAGGAUGGGCCCGCAAGAGGCCUGGGUGAAGAGGAUAUUCGCAGGGCACGGGAGGCCCGUCUCAGGAAGACACCCCGGGCCCAGCUAAGUGAACGCUCUCGAGAACGCAAGGUGCCCACCUCCCGCAUCAGCCGCUUGGCCAACUUUGGGGGACUAGCUGUGGGCUUGGGGCUGGGUGCGCUGGCCGAAAUAGCCAAGAAGUCCCUGCCAGGAGGACAUCUGCAGUCAGAGGACAGCUCCCGGCUGGGCUCCAGCCCCUUCCUCUCGGAGGCCAACGCCGAGCGGAUUGUGCAGACCUUAUGUACAGUUCGGGGGGCCGCCCUCAAGGUUGGCCAAAUGCUCAGCAUCCAGGACAACAGCUUCAUCAGCCCCCAGCUGCAGCGCAUCUUCGAGCGGGUCCGCCAGAGCGCCGACUUCAUGCCCCGCUGGCAGAUGCUGAGAGUUCUUGAAGAGGAGCUUGGCAGGGACUGGCAGGCCAAGGUGGCCUCCUUGGAGGAGGUGCCCUUUGCCGCUGCCUCAAUUGGGCAGGUGCACCAGGGCAUGCUGAGGGAUGGGACGGAGGUGGCCGUGAAGAUCCAGUACCCGGGUGUCGCCCAGAGCAUCCAGAGCGACGUCCAGAACCUGCUGGCGGUGCUAAAGAUGAGCGUGGCCCUGCCCAAGGGACUGUUUGCCGAGCAGAGCCUGCAGACCUUGCAGCAGGAGCUGGCUUGGGAAUGUGACUACCGUCGUGAGGCAGCUUGUGCCCAGAACUUCAGGCAGCUGCUGGCAGACGACCCGUUCUUCCGGGUGCCAGCUGUGGUUAAGGAGCUGUGCACGACAAGGGUGCUGGGCAUGGAGCUGGCUGGAGGGGUCCCCCUGGACCAGUGCCAGGGCCUAAGCCAGGACAUCCGGAACCAGAUUUGCUUCCAGCUCCUGAGGCUAUGUCUGCGGGAGCUGUUUGAGUUCCGAUUCAUGCAGACAGACCCCAACUGGGCCAACUUUCUGUAUGACACCUCCAGCCACCAGGUGACCCUGCUGGACUUCGGUGCAAGCCGAGAAUUUGGGACGGAGUUCACAGACCAUUACAUCGAGGUGGUGAAGGCUGCAGCCGAGGGAGACAGAGACCGGGUCCUGCAGAAAUCCCAGGACCUCAAAUUCCUCACGGGCUUUGAAACCAAGGCAUUCUCUGACGCCCACGUGGAGGCAGUGAUGAUCCUUGGGGAGCCCUUUGCCACCCAGGGCCCCUACGACUUUGGGGCAGGGGACACUGCCCGCCGCAUACAAGGCCUCAUCCCGGUGCUGCUGCAGCACCGGCUGCGCCCCCCACCUGAGGAGACCUAUGCCCUGCACCGCAAGCUGGCAGGGGCUUUCCUGGCUUGCGCCCACCUCCGUGCCCACAUUGCCUGCAGGGACCUCUUCCAGGACACCUACCACCGAUACUGGGCCAGUCGCCAGACACAGCCACUGACCAGAGGGGACCUCAGGGGGGAUCCCUCCUAACAGCCUUUGUGGGAGAUCCCAGCCCCAGCCCCAGCCCCAGAGCUGGGCCACCCCCUGCUGUGGUUCCUCCUGUCCCUGCCCCCUCUGCUCUGGGACCAGGGGCCCUCUUGGGUUUCCCAGCCUUGGCUAGCUCCCCUCCUUGGCUCAGGAGCUCAGGAAACCCGGGGCUAGGGAACUUCCAACUUCAUGGCCUGUAUCCCGCUGCUCCCCACUCCAAAGUGGGUGUCCAGGAAUUCUAAGCCACGGAAGCGGUUAACUUAUUUCUGCCAACGUGUGAGGGAGCCCUCAGCCCGCUUGCGUGCCAUUUUGGAGAACCAGACUCUAGAGGGGGAGCCCCUCACCUCUGCCUCGGGUCUCCUGGUCUCCUGUUCUCGGAAACAGAAGAGAUGGUGGCCAGUGGGUGCAGCUCUCACCUUUGCCUCCCUCACUCUUCCACCAGCUGCCUUCAGCCGGGUUCCAGCCUCUCUGUGUGUUGGAGGGGUGGGGUGGGGGGUUGAACCUUCAGUCGGAAUAAAAGCGGCCCUCCCCUUC